AGGCAUUUCCUUAGGUAUCAAUCUCCUGUACUAGCCCGUUGUUCUUGUCUCCUUAAUAUGCAAAUGAUUGGCCCCAUGAGGUCGAAGAAUGCUGUUGUUGGACUUGUUCAACAUGAAAGGUUUUUAUUUGGAAAUUGAAUAGACUUUCAAUUUGUUUUGUCCAGAAGCAUACGCAGUACAGCAUCAAUUGUUCCCAUAGACACUGCAUCAUACAUUGGAACGAAAUCAUGGGUGGCGCUUGUUGCAAAGGGAAUCCCUAUGUGGUGGACGCAGCAGCCGGGUGUAGUGAAGUCCUGCGCGUGAGGAAAGUGGACACCAAGGAAUGUGCCUCCUGGAGUGAGCAUCCUGAACUACCUGUGAUCAAGCUGCGCCGUGGGGAGGAGAUAGCGGAGCUAUUCGUUGCCGCACACUGGCGGGAUGCUGCUGCUGUUAUGGAUUCAUUUUUUUAUAUAUAACUAGUGCGGUGCGUGCUGGGUGCAUUGAGAUUGAGAUAGAGAAAGGUCGUGAGCAGCGAACACCAUGAGGCUGAAUAAAAAGAGCCGCCAGGCGGGUCUAGCAGAGGACUACGGACUGAUUGUUUUGGAAAUUGAGUAGGGUCGGUCUGGUCCUGGGGAGGAGUGCCACAUUCGCACGAGGGGACGGCGUUUGAAAAGAUAGUGCGUGAGAGGACAGAGCAACACAUUCGUGAGAGAAAUUAGAAAAGGCACCACGCAAGAAAACAGCCGGUGAAGAAAAUGCAAAAAGAUAGAGCAUGCGCGUCAGUCGUGGAAUAGUCUGUGAUGUGAGAUCAGUAGGGCGCAGCGCGCGCCUUCGCCUUGGCCUUCGCUUUGCCUUUGGCCUUUGCCUUUGGCUUGCCCCCGCGGCCUUUUUUGCCCUUGCCUUUCCCUUCUUCAGCACCUCCGUCACCUGGUGCUCCGUUUGCAGGAGGAACAACGCCAGGAGGAAGCUCUCCUCCUUGGCCCGCAGCUACACCAGCAAGAGGCCCUGCACCUCCAAGAACACCACCAGCAGCACCUCCUGCACCUCGAGCGUCACCUGGUGCUUCUCCAAGUUCAGCCCCAGCAGGAGCGACGGCGAGAGCACCACCAACACCCACAGCAGCUGCUCCAGCUCCGCCGGCACCCGCAGCAGCAACAGGAAGAGGCGCAAGUCCGAGAUUCAACUUCGGCGCCGCGGGCAAUGCCAUGGUAGUUUUGCCAACGCCCGGCAAGGAUGCAGCACCUGAGGAGUUUGCUUCGUGGUGAAGUGUGAAGUCCUACGUGUAGAUGUAUUAGAAAGUGGGAGAAGGAGAAGCAAGAAGGUAUGAGGGAGAGACCAGGAGGCCGUGUCUCAGAAUAGCGAAACCUACAAUGCAGCGAACUGAGAGAGCGGCAUCACCUGGGUGGAGCAAAGCACUGGCGAAAGACUUCAUAAGUACGUACCUGAACUCCCCUCCGGCAAUGUGAAAGCGGUCUGCUGAUGCGACCGGUAAACGGUACUAUAGGGGCACUCGGGAUACGCUCCGCGAAGUCCGAGGGUAAUCUUGCAAGUUUCCCCGGUGAGGUAGUUAGAGACCCCAUCGACCACGAACAUGCGCUGUAAUUUUGAGAAGAUGGGCGAUAGAUUGGAGAAAGGCAAGCGAGGACGACGAAGACACUAAUAGUAGCAAGCUCCUCCCUUUAAAUCUAAAGAAAAGCGACGACGCGAAAGACAGGGCAUAGAUAAGGCAGAAGGAAACGAAAGGAAGGUGCUCCACGUCUAAGAAUCAAAGCCACCGAACAAAGGAAGUACCUCCUGGGAGUCGAACGACACCACCCAGCGUGUCUUAUGCUUCCCGUUGUGCAACUGAUUUUGUAAAUGCGUCUCACAGUGAGCUCGAAGAACCGAGGCGCCGCCGAGUUGUGCGAUGUCUCGGGCAGCGGCCUUGAUGACGACAUGCUGAGCGGCCGACGCGGGCUUCAUUGUGAACCUGGUAGUUGUUGGAUGAGGUGGAUGAGCUGAUAAAAACUGCUGAAGUGGUGCGGUCUAUGAUGACAAAGUGAGCCGCUGAGAAGAAGAUGAAACGACAGCCAAGCAAUAGAGGGAAAGAAGUCAAUGUCAAAGCCGGCGAGUACAUACACAGUAAAAACAUCCAGCAACACACGCAAACCCCUUACAGAUAAAUAUUAGAAUACAUCUUCAGCCGCGCAGAGGGGCCGUCACCACAAACAGCCUUUCGGAAGUCUGCAAUCGGAAAUAACAGGUUCACGGAUGAGUGGUCAUGUGUGAAGCCAUGCGGUAGACUGAGGCUGAGCUCGUCACUGAUGACGAACACCCAGCUUCCCUCCUCACCCAUCUCACACGUUUGGGGCAGAGUCUGCGACUCGACCACGAGACUCGUUUGAAUUUUGACAACUGCCACGGCCGUCUUUGCCGCUUGUGCGGCUGCACCCCGCUGGGACGACUGUUGCGCCGCGAGCAUCUUGUCGGUGGUUCACUCAGUUUCUCUUAGUUGCUUGACCUAAGGUAUGCCGUCCGGCAAAGCCUUCCCUGCGUCUUUUGUUUGGUGAAGAGGAGUGAUGACAGGCAAGUUUGCGACAGCAUUGAAGUGUUGUGAAUGUUAAACGUGCGAUCUAUAAUCCAGGCGAAAUUCGUCAAGUUCUUUAGAGCGGAACGCAUCAUCCAGAUCGAGCGCAUCAUCCAGAUCGAGACCAGCCUGAACUCUGAUCCAGAUCACCAGCACACUAACACCAUCCAAGGCCGGACCUGAGAGAAGAAAACCACCCCAAAAUAAAACACAACAUCCACAAAGGCUCGACUAUGGUCUCAAGACUUGAAGAAUUUGAAAGCUGCGACAGAGCCAUGACCAACGCCACCAACGAUCUGUUCAAGAAUUGCGCGGACCUGCACCGUAGACCUGGACACUGUGAUCUUGUGAGGAAUGAACUACCACGACGAUCUUCGCAAGAGCUUACACUCUGAGACACCCAAAAAGAGAGCCCAGCACAUCAAUAGCAAAGAGCUCAGCGGCCUCCUUUCUUGUGUUAACCUUGGACGCUUUGCCUGGCUCUUGUCUUUUCGUUAAAUGUAAACGCGUCCACGCUCUCAUGUCUUCGAUUUUUGACCGCGGUCAUUUUUGCGCACGUCGUGGCGUGGAACGAAUAAAAUAGGAAGAUAUUGGAAACACCUGGAAAAACCAAACGCAUCUUGCAGAUGUGUAAGAGAGCCUACGAAGAUGUUGGAAGCUCAUUUUGCAACUCUGGAAAAGACUAACCAGCUCCAGCGUAGCCGGCUACUCGACCGGUAGAGUCAAAAAGCACGCAGGGUUCUGCUCAUUCAGAAAGGCCUCAUCUUCCACAUCGUCCAAAAUGUGGAUGCCUCCGCGCGUGGUGCACCGGGAUAGCGUGACAUAGAGGCGACCAUGACCAAAGGGAACACCUGCGACGAAGAGGCGCGCUAACGUCCGACCUUGCAAGGCAUCGGCGGUGGCUAUCUGUGCGAGACGAACGGGAUACUGAUGGAUUAGAGAGAGGCGGGGAGGUAUGCCAACGCUUUGCUCAAGCCUGCAGACAGGCCGGCGCCAAACGGUCACUUUUCGGGAAACGUGGCCCCGAAAAGUCGCGCCAUGUUUUGGGCAAAGACCUGCACCAGAAGGCCACUUUUCGGGACCACGGUCCCGAAAAGUGGCCGUAAGGCACAAAGGUGACUCUUUGGACAAAGACCGGCGCCAAAAGGCCAACUUUGGGGACACGGCGUCCCGAAAAAUGGCCCUAAGGCACAAACGCCACUCAGUUUGUCCAAGUCUUCUGCCAAGCCUGUGCCAAAGGGCCACUUUUGGGGACACGAGGUCCCCAAAAAUGGCCCUAAGGCACAGAAGCCAUCUUUUGGACAGAGGCCGGCCGUCAGGCAAGCCUGUGCCAACUGAGUAAAGGCGUGAACAAUGAAGGCCCCGCGACGCCCUCAGAAGCCCGCCGGCUUGGUCCGUCCUGUGCAAAGCGCUGAACUUCCUCCCACAUAAAAAGCGGCAGAACUGUAACCCGUCGAUUUCUGCCUCCAUCUUCACCCGGCAGAGGGGGAAAAGUUCACCCGACUCCACGAAGCGAAUCCAGAUGACGUCGCCGUCUUUCCGCAGAAAGGCGAACUGGCUCUUCGGCGGAUGCUCCCCAAUGGCCAUCAUAGUCGUGCCGAGUACUCCAGGACACCAAUGCAAGACGCUGUAAGGAAGAUCAGAACAGUCGCGGCCGGUGAUGCAGUGGGUGAGAAGCGGCUCAUCUAUGCACUCGUUAGCGGCAUGCUCAGCGUGCGCCGUCUUCCCAUGUUGCGCAGCAUAGCGGCCCACCGUCUCCUUCGCUACUCGGAGGCAAAGCACAUGGGUCGGACAUGCGACCGCCUCAUCUUUCGACGCAACGACCUCCGGUGGUAUGUCAUGCAGCGGAAUGCGUGGGAAAAGGUCGAGAGGGAUGGACACGACACUGCUGUCACCUAUCUGAUUCAGAGCCAUGCCCCACUCCACGUCAUCCCUGUAGCGUUCGUUUAUGGUCAAAACUUUGGCACGCACUGGCGUCGUCCCAGCGAGGUCCUUGAAAUACGAAGCGGCCGAAUGGGUUGCCUGCACCUCUUCAGGCGAAAGAAAUCGUAGCUCAUCCUCGUGAUCAUUUUGAGCAAUGACAGCGGCGAUCUGUGCGUCACAACCUCCAAAGAAGACCACCAAGCCACCCCAAGGGGCCUGGUUUUGCCGCGCUUCCCUUGCAACGGCCUCAGCCUCCAUGAGGUCGCCACGCUUCAAAAGGUAGACCUCAUCAAUCCAGACAACCUGCAACCGCUGCAAAAACUCCACCCGCGCCGGCGAUACUACCGGGGGCUUGCCCGGUCGGAGCCCGAAAAGCUCGUGAAAAGAAGCCACAUUGGGAAGGAGGCGCGCGGCCUCCCAAGAUGCUGCGCAUGCUGUGGCCUCAGCCCCCUGAUUGACAGCUUCGUAGAGGACACGCCAGGCGAGCACGGUCUUGCCUGUCCCUGCACGGCCACGGAUGAGACACACCCCAGAACCAACGGCAAAAGACUCCCGCGCGAGGCGAAGCGCGUCCUCUUGGUCAUGGUUGAGGACAAUGUCAGCAGCCUCCGCGAGCUUUGGCGUCAUCACCAACGGGCGGAGAGGCGUGGCGUCUUGCUGCGGUAAAGCGUGAACCUCUGCCCCAGUAAGCUCACGAAGAACGCGGAAGAAGGUGGGGGCUGUGAGCUCAUCUCGACUGAAGUAGCCCUCCAGCAUGCGAAUAUACUUGACGACUUCCUGCGUCGACUCCAAAGUGCGAAGGAGGUGGUCAACAUAUCCCAGGAGUGCGUUGCUGCUGCGGUGGAGAAUCUGACUGCCCAACUCAUAGAGAGCCUCCUGCAAAAACAGGCCAGCAGACUGCGCCCAUGUGGGUGAGAGCUCAGCAGCCGAGACAGGUCCAGACUCCAGUAUAAGCUUGCGCCAAAAUGUCUCCUCAGAUUUUGAGGAGAACCGUGGAAAACGCCAGACAAACUCCUCAUGGUCCAAAUUCCUAAAGUAAGAGACACAGCCACACCCGAAAACGUCAACAGUGCCGACGGGCUCCCUUGACGCUGACACAGAAUGGCGGGACACUCGAUAAAGCUGGAGAAAGUCGAGAAAUGCAUAACACUGGAGCGCUGGUGGCCGAUGUAAAUACGCGAGAAGCUUAUUCGCCGGACGCCCGCCCUCUUGUCGGUUCUCCAGCCAAUCCGCCGGCACCUCUUUGACCUUCAACAGGCGACCCGGCACCCCAUUGGAAGGAACACCCGCACAACGGACCUCAUAGCGGGAGAAAUUCAACAAAUCGAAAGAAGCCGCACCGAGGGAGACGAUCCGCUUGGACUUGUAGAUGUCACCCUCACGGUGUUGCGCCUCCCAUUGGAGCAGCUUGCCCUCUGCAGUUCGCAAAAACGGUUUGAUGGGGUACUUGAAGAGGUAUUUGAUGACGUUCACCCCAUCGACACACAAGGGAUUCACAUGCGCCAUAGUCCGCCGCGGUGCAUCUUGAUGAGAAGAGCCAAAAUACUGCGUGAGUAGUUCAGAAAAAGGCACAGUAAAGCGGUCCCCUGUCGCGCGCGCAUACUGGCAGAAAGCCAUGCCAUUCUUCGCCAUCCAAUGCGUUGGACUUGGAGCCACAUAAGGAAAAAACUUACUGCAACGGCCGCCGACCUUAGUGCAGAAACCUUUGCUGCAGUCAUGGGUGUGCGCAGUCCUAUAAAAAUCGCGGAAGGGGCUGGCGCUGGUGUUGGCGGAAAUUUGUGACUCCAGGUGCCGACGGCUGCGGAACCGCUCACGAAGGCAAAGUAAUACGUGGCCGUGUAUGAGGCCACCACGCUGGAACUCAAUACCAGAAGCACGCCACAAGAGAGGACCAAAGAGCGACCCGUCGUCACAAUCUUGGAGGAAAUGAGACCAGCGCACCUUGAAAAUCCUAUUCGUCAGCGGGGCAAAGGUGUAGGCGUCCUUCGGGUCCCAUGUGGUAGCAUCGAAGCCGAAGAAGAUGAAAGCUUCGUCGUUCGUGUUCAUGGUAUAAGUUAUGAAGAUAGUCGGAGGGCCCAAGCGGCGGAUGCACUCAAAUGUGUCAGCACGUAGCGCAGAUAUAUGCGCAACACUGCCGAGAAAAGACUCAGGAAGCCCGGGAAUCUUGCAGCGUGCACGGUUUUCGAUCGCGGCCUUCAGUUGUAUCGCCUUCGCCAAUCUUUCCGACUCCGCGCUCACCCAGCCACGGAUGAGAAACAUGCCAGCAGUCUCCAGGAGGUUGUAGUAUCCCCAUAGAUCUGUGACCCUCCAAGCGCAGUUGGAGUAGAAAUCGAACUCCGUCAACUCACUGCCGUCGAUCCGGUCCGCCCGAGAGGCAUAAGAGAUAAAUAAAGCCGGGAAGCCGAGUAUAUCCACUGCCGCGCGCGCCGUGGCAUUAUUGCACUGCGCAGCCAAAUCACGGGAGGCGCCGUAAGCUGCUGGGAGGCCUGUAGAGAAGCGAGAAGAGAAGAGAGCAAGUCACUCGAAGGGGAAAGGCGGCAGCACUUGCACAGACUUGCUGAGGCUGAGAGUAACAACAUACAACACAUAAGGAGUCAUACAGUGCAUGUACAUCACGAAGCAAUGGAAAGAGACUGGCAAGAGUAAAUAAGUAGAGGGCACCUGCAUAAGCGCCGACGUGUCGAGGGUUCAAAGGGUCCAACACUCCAGCAAUCCGGGGAAGGCCAUCAACGUCAGCCAUCAUGUAGACCCCACGACCAAGCGCCGCAUCGACCUCCACCUCCGUAGGGAAGACGAAAGAAAGCGGAAAAGCAUGCCCAAACUCACGAAGAACCUGCCUACGCGGCACCGUCGUGCCUGCCUUCAAAGACCAGAGCAACUUGAGGCCCGUAUGGCCGUCUCGCAUGAGGUCCGUGUAGUGCGUUACCUGAGAUGGGAGGCCUGUCACCUCGCGCCGUGCUAUAGUUGAAGGAAGGGUCGCGACGGCACUACAGACACGGUUUGCCUCACUCCAUUGGUUAGGCGUAAAGCCGUUGACCUUAUCCGCCAAAUUAUUCGGAAAAGAGAUGCGGAUAUCUGCGACACCGUUGCAACAGCAUGGAAAUCGGCCUUCGGCGCCGGUGCUGUGGUGGAAGAGGCGCACCUCCUCCGCAAAGAGCCGGCAACCACAAAGCGGACACUGAACAGGCGCCCAAUCAAUAGCAGGCAGCACAUUUCGGAUGACAGGCGCAUAGUCAGCCUCAUCCGUUGCCCAUCUGUCAGACAUGCGGCUGCAAGUGUUGCACGUAGCAUCUUCCAAAUCGAACCAGCACCCAGGCUUCAAGUCUCCACAUGUGAGACACGCACGCAACCCAAGACCUUGAACAUGCGCCAUUUUCUGUCCCUCUUGGUUGUUCUUCUUCUCUGUGGAAGCAGAUAGAGAGAGGCCCGAAAACUAUGAUAGGGCACGGCCCUCUUCUCUUGCAAGGUAGACCGGCGCACACUCUGCUACGCUCUGUGUCUCUUGUCGAUCACGAUCCAAAAGCUGACAACUUCCACGAGAGAGCGGCGUGAGGUGAUGAUCAAAAGUCACGACAUCCCGAACACCAUCAAGGAGAAGCACCGGCAAGCGAGUGCGAAGGAGUGCGCGCACUUUGCAGGGUUCGACGGUGAAGAGGUUGGAAAAAGGUGCCAACUUGUAAGGGGGUCACAAAGGGGGGGAGAAAUCAUAAGGGGUCGCCUGCUUCAUUAAGGGGGGGCUGUAAGGGUGUCGCAAGGGUCUCAAAGGGUAACGCAAGGGGGGGGCGUAAGGGUCAUAAGGGUCGGCGCAACGGUUCAAAGGGGGGGGGUUCAAGGGGGGGGUAAGGGUAUUAUAACGGUAAGACAAAAUUUGUUAUUAAUAUAUAUUAAUUAUAUCUUUUGGAGUCGAUACUGAUCUGGGCAUCAUACCAUACCAUACUUGAGCUACUUGAGUACCUCUUUGUUUUCUUUUACCACUCGCUCUCGAGGAGGUACGUAGUUGUUCCAAGAUGAUCCACUCUUCAGUUGAGUUGUGAGAGAAGUGUGCGCGUAUCUAUUUGUUUUGUAACUACAAGUAAUACAGGUAAAGGUACUUUACUAGUGCCCGCCCCGGUGACUUAGUAGAAUACUAGUAGUAGAUAUUCUUGCUUGACAUCUUCACGCGGCUCUAAUCUUAGAGGUCGUGCGACUGGGAAGAGCCAAGAAAUCGUUCCACUCGAAGUAGAGGGCGACGAAGCCGAAGGAGCAGAACCGCUUGGACGUGGAAAGCUGCGCUUGGUGCUCUUGGAGGAUAUUGAUUCGACUCCAAAGAAAUCACCGAAAGACCAUGACCACAGUGGAAAUGAGGCAACAACAAGUACGAGAGCCUCUCCUAGCAACUACAUUGAGGAGCGCACGUUUGUGUUUGGUGCUGCUCCUCCUUCCUCGCAAGCCUCGUACAAAUAUCGGCACCUCUUCCGACAACAAGAGGCUUUCCUGAAGGCACAACCGACUGACGCGCUUCUGAAACUGGAGUACUGUGGACCAAGCAUGCGAAUUGAAGUGCUCAGUGUGCAAGUGAAAUAUACUAGUCGUAUGAAGAAACAGACGACUAGCAAAGGCGCGAUAAAGCAAGGCUUGGAAAAACUCGCACUAGUGGAGGAAGACUCGGACGAUCAAGUGGAGUAUAAAGAGGUGGUCAUGUAA